AUGCUGAUAAAACAACUACUAAGACGUAGUCUAAUAAUUAUACAUCCAAUAAUAAAACGAAUAUUUUAUCGACUAUUACAAUUCACAAUCAAAUUUUUAAAUUUUAUAGCAUUUUUAAACAAUAAAUUAAUACAAGCCGUACUAAAUGAAAGAACGCUAAAAGAAUUUAGUAAAGAAUUUGGAGUUAAUUUUGCAUUUGUUUUAGGAUGUAUAUUGUUUACAGCAUCAGUUAAUUAUAUACCAAGACCAACUAAUCAAAUAUUUUAUAAAUUCCUUUAUAGAUUUGAUCCAUAUUUUUUCGAUAUUUGGCAACAACCAAUAGGUUCUAUUAGUGGAUUGAUUUUAACAUGUCUUGGGGCUUACCUUAUUAAUAAUUUUUAUUAUACACCACAAUUAGAUGACGAUUUAUUCAAUUUACCAAAUCAUAAUUACUUACAAUUAAAACCUUUACAAAUUUCAACAUUACUUAAUAAUCAAAGUUCAAGAGCAUCAACAUCUACCUCCGGCUCUACAACAUUAUCACCAUCAAGUGACUUAAAUUGUACAGAAGAAGAUGAAAUUUUUGAAUCGCCUAUUAGUUCUUCACCGACUGAAUACUACUACAAUUUUAAAUCAUUAAAUGAUACAUAUAAACCAAAUAAAUGGAAUAAAAUACCCAUAAUUUUAUUAUGUUGUGCUUGGGUGGUCCUUAAUAUAUUAUAUAAUUUCAAAUUACCAAUUUAUAAAACAAAAAACAUAAUUGCAUGGAUAUUUCAUGUCCCAGUACAUUUUAUUGUACCACCAAUGAUUGGAACUUGGCUUUAUAUAUGGCAUGCCCCAGGAGCAUUUAAAGUUUUUACAUUUUGUUUAGGUUUUCAAAAUUUCGCAUUAAUAUUGACUUAUCUAAUAUUCCCAAAUGCCCCACCAAUGUUUAUUAAAAUUUAUGGAGAUAAUAAAGUACCUACUUUCGAUAUGAUAUACAGUGAUGGACAAGCAUCAGAAGAUAAAAAAUUCUCCAUUUUUUUACAUAAAGCCAUAUAUUAUGCAACACCACAUAAAUUUGCUUCAUUUCCAAGUUUACAUUCAGCAUUUGCAUGUUUAAUUUGUUUUUUUGUAUGUUAUUAUUCUAAAUGGUCAUGGUUUAAACUUUUAUCUAUUAUAAAUGUUUUAGGUCAAUGGUGGGCAGAUUUAUAUUUUGAUCAUCAUUGGAGAAUAGAUUCUCUAGCUGGUUUAGUUUAUGCUAUUUUAACUUGGACGUUAUUAAGAAAUUGGAAUAAAAGUUUAAGUGAAAUUGAUUUUAAAUUUAAUAAAGCAAGAAAUAAUGGAGAUUUUAUAAAUGGAAGUACAAUGGGAAUGAGAUUAUUUCGAAAUACAAAAUUACAAAAUUUAUUUGAUCCUUUAGCUUAA